AUGUAUUGUUGCUCAUUCCUUUCACGGCUGGGCGUCGGGAUGGCGAGCAUGAGUUCCACGCUCGUCGAGACAGUCUCCAUCAACUAUGAGGAUUUUAACGAGAGCUUCCUCACAUGUGGCACAUGUCUAUGCACUUAUGAUGGAGGAGAGCAUACACCAAAGCUUUUGCCGUGUUCCCACACUGUAUGCUUACAUUGCCUAACUCGAAUAGCUGCAUCACAAACAAGAGAUGCAGGAAGCUUUCGAUGUCCCAUUUGUCGCGAGUUGAUUACUAUACCACGUGGUGGUGUGCCAGCGUUACCACCUUCAUUUCUCGUCAAUCAAUUACUUGACUUAAUGGCAAGACAACGAAGAGAAGUAAUACCUCAAUGUAGCUCUCAUCCUGGCAGAGAACUCUUAUUUUGUGAGACUUGUGACUGUGUUUUCUGUCGUCAUUGCGCCGACGGCCCACAUAGUGACACACCCUGUGAUCAUACUGUAGUGCCAUUCUCAAUUGCCUUAAAAAGAAUGUCAGAGAUAUUGUUGUAUAGAGCCAAUGAAUGCCUUAGUAAACUAGGUUCUGCUAGAGAAGCUGUUGCAAGUGAGUUAAGAAGGCUAGAAGCAGCUGCUACUGCAGCAGAGGAAGCAAUUGACAGACAUUUUGCAGAACUUAAGGCAGCGUUAGAUAAACGUCACAGUGAGCUGAAGUCGGCUGCGGUGGCUGCUGCUACACAUAAACGGAAGUUGCUUGAAGAACAACUAAAACUGAUUGAUGCUGAAAAAUCCAAAGUGGAAGCAGAAUGUUCAGGUCUUCAGCAACAAGUAGAAGUGCGCGAGGUGAGCAGCCGUGCGGCAGCGUUAGGAGCGCGACUCGGUGACGCGGCCGCUUUGGCUGAACCGAGGGAGAAUGCCUUUUUAGCCGUCGAUUUCGCCCACAAUGACGCCCAGCAGAGGUUCGUUGAGGCAUUGGCUGAAUUAGGACGAGUGCGGACCAGUACGACGUUCCCCGGCUUGUGUACACUACAAUUAGAGUCUGCGUGCGUGUGCGGGCUUGAGGUGUCGGUGGUGCUGCGUACGGUGGACUACCACGGCGAGCCGCGGAGUACGGGCGGCGACCCGGUGAGCGCAGCCGCCACGCUUGACGAUGCGCCGCUGCCCUGCGCCGUCACGGACCUCGACUCCGGCCUCUACAGGAGCACGAUGCGGCCGUGGAGCGCGGGCGCGCUGUGCGUGCGCGUGCUGGUGUUCGCGCGCGCGGUGCGCGACUCGCCGCUGCGCGCGCCCGUGCUGGCCGCCGCCUCGCCGCUGCUCGUGUGGGGCUCGCGCGGCACCGGCAAGGACCAGCUCAGCCAGCCCGUCGCCGUCGCCAGAUGCCCUAAGAGACGCGAAAUCUAUGUGCUGGAUGCUGGCAACUCAAGGGUCAAGGUGUUAGAUGACGAAACAUUCGCUUUUAAAACGCAUAUUGUAAAUGAAGGAUUAGCAGGUCGGAGUUGUACAGGGAUUGCGGUAACAGCGGAGGGAGUGGUAGUCGUUAAUUGGCGGACACGCACUUUAACCGAGCACGUACAAACGGCGCUUGCGUUGGUGCGACAAAGUGGUGUGCCCACUGCCCAGGUGCGGAUCGACGGGUCGACGGUGCGCACGAUCCGGUCGGAGCGGCUGGUAGAGCCGGUGUGCGUGGCGGCCGACGCGUCCGGCGCGGCCUCCCGCCGCCUAGCCGUCGCCGACAACGGUGCGCGGGCCGUCUUCAUCUUCGACGCGCACGGCAACAUCGAGCGCGAGAUCGGCAAUGGUGAACUAGGGCUUGUCGGAGGCCUGGCUUUAUCCGAAGAUAUGAUUAUUAUAGCUGAUGUUGCUGUGCGGAUAUACGACUCCGAGGGGAAUUUGCAAAACACCUUAGCACCAGUGCCUAAAGGUCGCGGCGGGUACGGCGGCGUGGCGCUGGAGCGGUGCGCGGGGUGUGCGGGGGAGGGCGGCGGCGGGUGGGUGAUCGUGUGCACGCGCGCGGUGCGAGGGCGGCCGGCGCUGCUGGCGCUGGAGGCGGGCGGGCGCGUGCUGGCGGCGUGCGAGCUGGCCGAGCGGCGGCCGCGACGCGUGGCCGGCCUGGCGCUGCUGCCGCGACGCCGCGCGCUGCUCGCCGACCUGGCCGGCGACUGCCUGCGCCUGCACGCCUACUGGUGA